AUGUCUUUACCAACCCUCCCAACAGAAUUACUCUCAUGCAUCGCCACCCUCCUCCUCCCAUCUAUACAAGACGUGGAUUCUCUAGCCAAAACAUCCAAACGCCUGUACGCGAUCACCAACCCCAUUCUCUACCACCACCAUAUCUUCCAUCAAGAUAGCUCGGCCUUGAUAUGGGCCGCCCAACACGGCAAACCAGACGCCUUUAACCGCCUGCUGCAGGAAGGCGCCAACCCCAACACCCGAGAUCCGCAUCUCCAGACUCCGCUCAUCUGGGCGGCAGGGCACGGCCGGCCUGCUUCUACGUUCUGGAAUUGGUUCAGCCCAACACCAACAACCACGGAUUCUAUCCAUCCAAAGGCAGGCGAUUACCUCGCUAUCGUGAAACUGUUACUAUCGGCGAAAGACAUCCAGCCGGAUUGCCGGGCCCAACGCGGCGCAACGCCCCUUACGGCUGCCGCAACCGCGGGCGCAGAAGAGGUAGUAGAGGAGCUGCUGCGCACAGGGAAGGUAGACGCAAAUACAAAGGAUAAAUCUGGGCAAACGCCGCUCCUCGCCGCAGCCCGGCAUGGGCAUUUUAGGAUUGUCCAGCGCCUUCUAGCUGAAGGCGUGGAUGCGGACGCCCAAUCUGAAGGCGGAAUGACCCCGCUGCUGGCCGCCGCGGGAGCCGGACACGCGCGCAUUGUGAAAUUGCUUCUGGCAAUCCCUACCGUGGACCCAGACCAACAGCCUGGUUUUGGAGACCGCGCUCUGUUAACCGCCAUUCUUGCUGGGCACACGGAUGUUGUCGAGGCGCUUCUGGCUAAUGAGAAGGUCAGUCUGAGCUUACCGAAUAAAUACGGCAUCACGGCACUCGCGACGGCGGCGAAACGAGGUCACCCGGAUAUUAUACGGUGGCUACUUGCGAAGGGGGUCGACCCGGAUGUGAAGGACAGGGAGGGUAUGACGCCGCUUAUGUUCGCGGCCGAGAGGGGACAUGUCGAGGCAGUUGAGCUUUUGCUUUCUACCGGCCAUCGACUCGCCUAG